AUGGUUGAACUUCUGAACUUGCAAAUUCAAAAAGCUUCUGGCAUUAACGACGAUUAUAAAGGAAAUUCCAUAAUGACACAAACACAUACUCUGCAACAGAAAUUAUUUCAGAUUUUAGGUAUUCCUAUGAUCUAUCCUAACAAAAGUAAUGACAUUUUAAGAGUGACCACAUAUGGAAAAACAAGAACUUAUCUUACUGGAAAAGCUUUACAUAACUUACGUAACCAAAUAUUUGAUAUUCCUUCACUUGAUGAUAAAAACCAAACUGUUACUGUACAUGACGAUAAAUACAAAAUAAUUUACAAAGCUACUCGUAGAGCAAUUAUUAAAUUGACCAAACUGGGAAAGGCGAGAAGACUUCUAACUAAAAAAGCUAUAAGAAAUGUACUUACUCAAACAUUAGCUGGACUGAUUUCGUAUGACAAGAAGCAUUCUGUUCAUAAAAUUUGUACGUUGAUAGCAAUGUGGAUUAGUUCCAAAACGGCUUCAUUAACGUUUGAUAGUGUACAUCGUGUAGAGGGAAUUUAUAUUUGUGUAGUAUAUAAUAAGGACUGGAAUGUUGUAAAAUACAGACCAUUUAAGGGCAUAUAUUGGCAAGUAAAUGUCAAUAAAAUGGAUACUAAAAUAGAAGAAUUAAAUGUACAGGUACUCGACGAUUCCAGUAUUCCACGAUUUGAGAAACAGUUAACAACCACAACAUUUUAG